AUGUCUGACACUGAAAUUGAGCAUGCGACAAACGGUGCGGCCGAAUUGAGCCUCGAUGGAGACAAGCCGACCGAGGAUUAUGACGCUCAGCUGUCCGACAAUGAAGAUAAUAAGGACGAGCACCAGCAGCACGAGGAGAACAACAACAAGGCCAAGGAAAACGGACAGCACGAAGAGGCCGAAGAGGAGGUGAAGGCCAAGGAUGCCGAGGAGGAGGAGGAGGAGUUCAAGAUUCACAAGCCUGAACCCUCUCAGCCCAAGCCCGCCCCCACUUCCACAUCGUCCUCGCCCUCUACUUCGGGAACGCAGACCCCCACUCGCACGCCCACCAAGCCUGGUGCGCGCACGCCGACCUCGUCAGGCACCCGUACGCCGACGCGCACCCCUACGCGCACCCCUACCUCGUCGGGCACUCGCACGCCCACACGCACCCCCACCAAAUCGCCUGCUGCCCCCAGCCCUAGCCGGGACUUCUCGCCCACCCUCUCGCCGCAUGCAUCGAGCAUUCAGCGGUCGGGCAACGUCUUCGAUUCGCUCUACAACGAUGCCCUCCAAAGGCGCGAGAAGCUGAAGCAGAAGCAAGAGCAGCUGGACGCUGAGCGCCAGAAGCAGUUCACCAGCCCCACGGUGUCCAAGUAUGCCAACAAGACCCAGCGUAACCACAACGUCUUCGAGUCUCUCUACGGCGACGCUCUGCAGAGGAGGGAGAACAGGAAGAAGAAGCAGGAGGGAACCGAAGGCCAGUAA